CGCGACCCGCGUUACGUGGUGACGCCAGAUGUAUAUGAGCGCACGCGGCGGGAUCUCUUUCCCUUUUAGCGCCAUCAGAGCGGGAGUCUCGCGCUGUUCACUGCGCAGCAGCACCGCCUCAGACAGACCUCUGCACAUCGGGCUCUCGAAAACAAAACGGUGAAACAACAUGGCAGAUCUUGACAAUAAAGACCAGACUGAAAUGGACCCAGCAGAUAUGGAGGAUGUUGAAGAGGUGGAGGAGGAAGAAACUGGGGAAGACAACAGCAAAGCGCGUCAGCUGACGAUGCAGAUGAUGCAGAACCCUCAGAUUCUUGCGGCGCUGCAGGAGAGGUUGGAUGGGCUCGUGGGAUCUCCCUCAGGGUACAUGGAGAGCUUACCGAAGGUGGUGAAGAGACGCGUUAAUGCCCUCAAGAACCUCCAGGUGAAGUGCGCUCACAUCGAAGCAAAGUUUUACGAAGAAGUGCACGAACUGGAGCGAAAAUACGCCGCUUUGUAUCAGCCUCUCUUCGACAAGCGGAGUGAUAUCGUGAGAGCAGCGUACGAACCCACAGAUGAGGAGUGUGAGUGGAAACAAGAUGAAGAGGAAGAGCUGACAGUAAGUAAGCAGGAGGAAAUGAAGGAAAAGGCCAAAGUGGAGGAGGAGAAGAAAGACGAGGAGAAGGAAGACCCUAAAGGGAUCCCAGAAUUCUGGCUCACGGUUUUCAAGAAUGUCGACCUUCUCAGCGAAAUGUUGCAGGAGCAUGAUGAACCAAUCCUAAAGCACUUACAAGACAUUAAAGUAAAAUUCUCAGAUGCAGGCCAGCCCAUGAGUUUCACAUUAGAGUUCCACUUCGAACCCAACGAUUUCUUCACAAACACAGUCCUGACAAAGACCUACAAAAUGAGGUCCGAGCCGGACGAGUCGGACCCCUUCUCUUUCGACGGGCCAGAGAUCAUGGGCUGCACAGGGUGCACGAUCGACUGGGUUAAGGGCAAGAACGUCACGUUGAAAACCAUUAAGAAGAAACAGAAACAUAAGGGACGUGGCACAGUGAGGACGGUCACCAAGACGGUCCCCAAUGAUUCCUUCUUCAACUUCUUCUCUCCACCUGAAGUUCCAGAAAGCGGUGAACUGGACGAGGACUCGGAGGCCGUGUUAGCCGCAGACUUUGAGAUCGGUCACUUCAUCCGCGAGCGGAUCGUGCCCAGGGCAGUGCUGUACUUCACCGGCGAGGCCAUCGAAGACGACGACGAUGACUACGACGAGGAGGGAGAGGAAGCGGAUGAUGAGGAGGGUGAAGAGGAGGCCGACGAGGAGAACGAUCCAGACUACGAGCCCAAGGUAUAAGUGAUGUCUGUAGUAACCCUGCCCUGAAGGACGCCAACCCUCCAGAGGAGUGCAAGCAGCAGUGAUGACGAUCUCCUUCAGGAUCCCCUACACUGUAACGGCUUCAAACAAACAUAGUUACUUACCGCCUUACAAUGUUUUGUAUUUUUCUUGGUAGAAAUAAUUGAAAAAUUAAAUAAAAGGGUUUCGAGAUUUUUGUUACGAAAAAAAAAGACGAUAUUAAAAAAAAAAACCAACAAAAAACCAACGACCACCACCACACACAACUCCUCUAUGGAAAGCCGCGGCUCAUGACGCAUAGUGUUUCACUAGGACCGGUUUCUUUCGUUUUUUUCCCUCUUCCUCUGUAUAAAUAGUUAGAAUGCAGAAAAUCCCUCGAAGCAUGACACUCGUUUCUUCACCGCUAAACUAGUUGGGUUCUCGUGAAGUCUUUUGUAUUGCUCUUAGACAACAGCUGUGGAAAGACGCUCCGGUUUACGGCUAACAUUCCUCCACGGCGUUGGCUGUUUUGGGUUUGGAGGCUCGGUGGAGACUGAAGCACAUUCCACAUCCGUUCGGUCGGCGCUCUGCUGCAUGACUCCUUUCUUUUCUAUGAGCACUUUGUAUUUUCGUCAUGUAUCCGUAGCGUUUUAUUAUUAUUAUAUUAUUAUUUCCCCCUUCAAUUCGACCGACGCUUGCGUUUCGACUGGCUUGCCGUUCUUCAGGAGGGUUCUCUGCGGAAUGCACUUACGACGACGCGAGCGACCUCAUUGGACGAUUAGGACGAGAGCGUCUGAUUGGAGGAGCCGGUUUAACCGGUCUCUGAUUGGCUGCUUUCUGAGCUUGGCCCUGAGUGAUGAUUGUGGUGAAACGCCACCUCUGUUUGGCAGGCCUAUCACUGUGAAGGUGUGUGUGUGUGUGUGUGUGUGUGUGUGUGUGUGUGUGUGUUCAGAGGAAGGUCGUCUUCAUCUCCUCUCACUCGUAGCGCAGCCCAGCAGGUCUGAAGCAGAUAGAGCAAUAUUUUCACCCGGAAAGCCCCUCCGCCGCCGCAGUAUCCCGUGUCUCGUGGCCCAGCUCCGUCCGGGUCACCGGUUAGUUAGUUAGUUGUGUCUGGUGAGCAGUUGAAGCAGCAGGGGUCUUUCUGGUUCCCCUCAGCAGCUGUUGUCAAAGCAAAAUGCCAUGCUACAAAAUACUAAUGUACUCAAUAACUGUACGUGGAUGUAUAUUCAUGAAAAAUAAAUUGGUAAAACGUGCAA